UCCGGAUCCGGCACCUUGGCGGAGAUGACUGGCGCGUCGCUCGGCCGCUGCCCUCUGCUCUUCCUACUGUUCACCGCCGCUGCCCCCUCGCCGCCGGAGAAGAAGGAGGCUGAGCUGGCCGAAGGCGCCGAGGAUCCGGCAUUUCUUUCUGAGUAUUUUUCCCAGAGUUCACAGACGCUGUCCUUCUAUAGUUGGUAUGGAAGUGCCAAAAUUUUCCGAUUCUGUGUCCCAGAGGACACAGUGCUGUUGCGAUGGCUCCUGCAGGCUUCCAGAGACAAAGGCCCUGGAUGUGGCAAGACUCAGGUCACCUUCCACAUCCGCUAUGGUGCCCCUCCUGUCAUCAACCCCCUGGGCACACAGUUUCCCGUGAACACAAGCAUCCCUCCUUCCUUCAGCCAGACUCUGACCUUGGAUGCUGCCCUGCAGAAUAGCACUUUUGUUAACCUCACUAACCCGGCUGCUGGGGACUGGUUUCUUGCUGCCCACCUGCCUGCAGCAUCAAGCAAGAUUGAGGUGAAGGGUUUCUCCACGUCUUGCAGCUACACCUUCCAGCCUGACCUAUUUGUGCUGCGCCAGGUGGAUGUUGUAGUCCUUGAGCCUGAUGUGCCUGUGCAAUGGGUUCUGUCCAAGGGGGCUAGUAGGCCACUUCAUGGCAAGAUCUUUGUCCCCGAGUACACUGCUGGGAUGCACUUUGAGCUGGGAAAAUGCAUGGAGAAUGGCUCUGCUGCGGCUUGUGCCCUCCAGGUCACCUUGGGUUCGGCUGUGCUCUCUUGGUCUUCCCAGAAGGUGCUUCACUGCCUGGAGGCCUGCAGCAUCUUCUUGGCUUCCCCACCAUGGGGAAAGUGGCUUUGGAUCACAGUGGAGAGCCUCGGUGGUGCCAGCGCCAGUGUGUCCUUUCAGAUGGUGGUGUUCUUCAUAGCAUGCAAGCCAGGAGAUGCAGCCUCCUUCCUUGGCUUCUACCAGAGGUUAAAGCAGAACCAGGGGAUGCUGAUGCCGGGAGGCCACCCCAACAGCACACUGCUUGCCAUGGGCAGCAACCACAAUGCCUCUGGCCCAGGAAAUGCCUGCCUGCGUGGCCACCCAGUUGUUCGCGAGGACCUGGAUGUUGUGUCUGUGCGUUUCCGCAUUCUUGGAGAUUCCACUGUGCCCGUUCAGAGCGGUAUUCCCACUCUGCUGCUCCUUAACCUAAACUCAGGCAUGGACAGUGGAGGGAACCUGGUGCUGAACCUGAUGCUGAACCAGACUUCCGUGGGCCUUGGAAAUGCCACUGUGUUGGCCUGCUUGAGCCCCACAUCUCCUGCACUUUUCCUGAAUGGCUCCUGGGACUGCUGGACAGCCUUCGCUCAGGGCUACCUCCUGAACGUGAGCAUGUCCUCCAGGGAAGCUGCAGUCAUUGUCCCUUACCCACAGUCCGACAGCUGGUAUCUGUCCCUGAAGCUGCUCUGCCCAAAGGAAUCAGAAGACUGUGAUCAAGCUCAAGGCCAGGUAGCCAUGCUUGCCUACCUCACCCCCUGCUUUGAUGAUUGUGGGACCUACGGACAGUGCAGCCUCAUGAGACGCCAUGGUUACCUCUACACAGGCUGCAUCUGCAAGGCUGGUUGCGCUGGUUGGAGCUGCACAGAUAGAACCAAGGCCCAGUCUGUAGGCACCCAGAUCCUGGCCACCCUCUUGCUCACCCUCAGCAACCUGUUCUUCCUGCCUGCAAUCGCUGUGGCCCUUUACCACUAUCACCUAGUUGAGGCUUCCGUCUAUACCUUCACCAUGUUCUUCUCCACAUUCUACCACGCCUGUGACCAGCCUGGCAUUGCUGUAAUGUGCCUUAUGGACUACGACACAUUGCAGUUCUGUGACUUUCUGGGCUCUGUUGUCUCCAUCUGGGUGACCAUUCUGUGCAUGGCACAGGUCGAGAAGAUCCUGAAAUAUAUCCUCUGUGUGCUAGGGACUCUGGUCAUUGCAAUGUCGCUACAGCUGGACCGCAGGGGUGUGUGGAAUAUGAUGGGCCCCUGUGUCUUUGCCCUCACCAUCAUGGUCAGCAUUUGGGUAUAUCGUGGAAUUUCCCGGUGCCGCUGCUACCCUCCCUCUUGGAAGCGCUGGGUCUUUUUCCUCUUCCCCGGGACCAGCUUGGCACUCGUGGCCAUAGCAGUGUACACCUUCAUGGAAACCACUGAAAAUUACUAUUAUACCCACAGCAUCUGGCACACCCUGGUGGCAAGUAGCGUGGCCUUCCUCCUUCCUCCUGGAGAUAAGCAGAAAGACCCAUGGGCCUGGUCCCGUAAACUGCUGUGCCAUUACCAAAUCUGUAGGAAUGACCAGGAGGAACUCUACACAGUAAGGUGACUGGAAAAGGAGGAGCUGAUGCAGCUAGACUCCCUCCCAACGGAAUAACUUAAUUUGGCAAGAGGAAUGUGAACCCUCCCCCAUUCCUCCUGCUGUGCUGGACGAAAAUGAAUGCAGCCAGGCAGUGGAGAGGAGGCUGUCUGACAGAGCCUGGGCCUUUCUGAAUCUUGGGAAACAUGGCUUUAUCUUGUGGCAGCCUUGGGAAUAAUGAGCAGCAAGGAAAUAGAUGCUUCCGCAGCCGAGAAAAUGGCUAGGGAUUGAGGCAAUUCAGGGGGACUGAGGGCAGGAGCAUCCAAGCCUCACUGCUUCUGCCCUGCAUCCACCACCUUGCCCCCACAGGCAAGACCAUUGGCCCAUGAAAACAGGCUAGGAAGGGACUUUCCGUUCAUGAGUGUCACACAUUCUGGAUUGGCUUGUUUGAACUCAGGUAUGAAUAGCACUUUAUUGGUACACUAAGACUCCUGAUAUGUUCUUUUUUCAAAUAAAAAUACACCCUUCUUGGAUGGAGGCAGGGCAGCAAAAGUAGGAAUCCUUAACCAAGGAUGGUCCAGGACCAGGUCACAUUUUCUCUGUGCAGCAGCGGAGCCCGUUCCUGAGGGCAGAAGAAUCAAGUCUCUGAACAGCCCCCAAUUCUCAGGGGCAGAGAGUAAUGGGUGCUGCAGUCGGACUGCUUUUACAUUGUCUCAGGAAAAGCUUUAGCAACUGCAGUUCGCAAUAUCCUAUUAUUUACAUUCCACUGAGCUCUCUGGCGUUUUAAAGCUUUUUUAAAAGGAACAGCUUCCUUUAACUUUCACGUCUUUAAUUAAAAUGUCUUCAAUUCAAUUCAAAAUAAA